AUGCAUGGGACCCAGAAUUUGGUGCUACAACCCUGGGAAGAAGUAUUCAGAUUAAUUAGGCUACUUCUACCAAUACCAAGAAGCAUAAAAUAGAAGUGCAAAUACUUAAUCACAGUACUUGAGUAAUUGUACUUACACCACCACUGACAGCAUCAUAGUGUUGUGUUUUCUUGACCAUACACCAUUUAUUAAAGGUGUUGGCUUUGGUGUCACAGGGAGGUUAAAUGAGGGGUAGAUGAAGAAUCCACCCAAGAAGAGAAAGACACCCUGUCCGGGGCCGGGUGCCCUCUCUUUACCCCCCGGUACAUUAGUGGGAGUGCGCAGUGCCAGGCCGGGCCAGCAGCAGCAGCAGCAGCAGCCGACGCAUCAUCACACGUACUUUACGCACACUGGAUGAACGGAGGCAGAGACCCGGUCGAGGAUGAUGCUUACACCGGCUCAGAAGGGCUUUCUCUCGGGGUUUAUUUACCAGGUGGCAGCGGUUUGGUCGCCGGUACUGGUGUAAAAUGCACUGGAGCAGAGCGGGUGUGCUGGUCGGCCUAGCUGAUCUCGGCUGCUCGGCUUCGCCUCUCCCAUUUUUAUUCUAGUACUUUUUUAUUGUAGCGUUAUUAUUUCCAGGUCAAAAUCUCAGUUUCCUGUGCGGCUUGUUUGUACUAAAAAUGGCCGGAGAUGGCGGCGCUCUGAAGGAUAUCAAUGAGAUUAAAUCCCAGUUCCGGACCAGAGAGGGCUUCUACAAGCUGCUCACCCUCUCGGACUCGCAGCAGCGGGGCGGGCUGCCGCGGGGUCCGUCCGCCGGAGCCACGCUGGGCCCUGGGGCUGGACCCGGUCCGAUACCCGGUGGAGGGGUCGGGCUGCUGCAGGGGCCCGGGGCUGCCGCCGCCGCUGCUGCCGCCGCCGCCUCCUCCUCUUCCAAUGCCGCAGCCAACUCCUCUCCAGCGGGCUUCCUGCCGCCGGUCCGGGUCUCUAUGGUCAAGCUGCAGCCCGAGGACCCGAGCGAGGAGUCGGAGCGGGUGUGCUUCAACAUCGGCAGGGAGCUCUAUUUUUACACGUACACCAACAUCAAGAAGGCUGUCGACCUCAGUAAACCCAUAGACAAGAGGAUCUACAAGGGGACUCAGCCAACAUGUCACGACUUCAACCAGUACUCAGCCACAGCGGAGAGUGUAGCUCUGAUUGUGGGUUUCUCAGCCGGACAGGUCCAGUAUCUCGACCCCAUCAAGAAGGAAACCAGUAAACUCUUCAAUGAGGAGAGGUUGAUAGACAAAUCCAAGGUGACGUGUCUAAAAUGGCUUCCCAAGUCAGAGAACCUAUUCCUGGCCUCUCAUGCCAGCGGCCACCUCUACCUCUACAACGUGGACCACCCGUGUGGCACCACAGCCCCGCAGUACUCUCUGCUGCGGCAGGGAGAAGGUUUUGCCGUCUACGCCUGCAAAACCAAGACGCCGCGCAACCCGUUGUUAAGGUGGGCCGUUGGUGAUGGAGGCCUCAACGAGUUUGCUUUCUCCCCUGAUGGCAUGCACGUGGCGUGUGUGGGCCAGGAUGGCUGCCUGCGCGUCUUCCACUUUGACUCAAUGGAGCUGCAGGGGGUGAUGAAGAGCUACUUCGGUGGGCUGCUGUGCGUGUCGUGGAGCCCAGAUGGGAAAUAUCUUGCCACGGGUGGAGAGGAUGACCUUGUCACCGUCUGGUCAUUUGCGGAAAGCCGUGUGGUUGCAAGAGGUCAUGGCCACAAGUCUUGGGUCAAUGUGGUGGCGUUUGACCCCUUCACAACUUCCCUGGAAGAUGAGGAGCCUAUGGAGCUCAGUGGCAGCGAGGAGGACCUCCACCAGGGAGCACCAAACAACUCCAUGCAUUUCGGCCGGGUCCGAACAAGCAGCACGUUGUCGCGUCUUUCUCGGCACAGCUCUAAAGGUGGCGGUUCGGCAGCAGUCACAUAUCGGUUUGGCUCUGUGGGGCAGGACACCCAGUUCUGUCUGUGGGACUUGACGGAUGACGUGUUAUACCCACGCCUGCCGCUGUCCCGCGCCUUUACUAACACUUUUGGGCCCUCGCUGUCCAACUCUGGCAGCGGGGUUGUCAACAGCACUUCAGGUGGGGGAGGAAGUGGAGCAGUUGAGGGGCACCAUCACCCGCCUAACACUAACACCGGCACCACCAACCCACCAACGCUCCCAUUACCGCUUCCUCGCUCCCUUUCUCGCUCCAACUCUCUGCCCCACCCUGCCGUGGCAAAUGCCUCCAAGGGCCAGGGUGCCUCGGAGGGCGGCGGGGGAGGUGGAGGGGGAGGAGGGACCAGCGGCGGAGGAAACAGCACCCCAUUCAGCAUCGGCCGCUUUGCCACGCUGUCACUACAGGAGCGCAAGUCGGACAAGUCCGGUUGCAGUGGUGGGGUGGAGAAGGAGCACAAGAGGUACCACAGCCUGGGCAACAUCAGCAAAAGCAACGACAAGAUCAACGUGGCGCCGAGGAGCAACCGACUGGACGCUGCCAAGGUCCUGGGCACCACGCUGUGCCCACGCAUGCACGAGGUGCCGCUGCUGGAGCCGCUGGUGUGCAAGAAGAUUGCACAUGAGAGGCUGACCGUCCUGGUCUUCAUGGAUGACUGCAUCAUCACAGCCUGCCAGGAAGGUCUCAUCUGCACCUGGGCACGGCCUGGGAAGGCGAACUUGACAGCACAGAACGGGAACUCUCCGAGCGGCACGGUGGUAUAGCUGGGGGAGAAGCUUUGCACUCAUCCACUCAUCAUUUCAAAUUAGGGGCCAACAACCAGAGACCGCACCCUACCUACCACUGCAGUAUUAUACCAUCAGUAUAACCCUCUGUACCCACCACCACCACCCAAACCCUGCUCCCUUCUGAUUUCACUCUCAGGGCGGCCACUUUGGUGGGAAACACUUCCUGAAUCAUCAAACUAACUUUACUUCAUCAGAUUUAUAGACUUCAGAAGCUAGCUGGCAGUUCUGGGAACAACUACAAAAGCUUGAAUGUAGCAAAGAUGCUAGCUAGCUAGCUGUCAGCUAGUUAGCCAUUAGCUCUGCUUAGACUAGGUUCUGGUAGCUAGCACGACAUGGCCAAAAGUAUGUGGACACCCCUUAAGUCGGGGUUUUUACUGUUUGGGUGAAGCCCCUUUGGUCGUUUUUUCAUUACCAUAGCGAUGUCAAUUGGAAUAUAGUCGCAGCAUAACAAAUUACCAGUCCAUCCAGGAUGUUGUGAUGUUGCGCUGCAACAACUACAGCAAAUGCAGCCCCGUUUUCUUUCUUUCUCUUUCAUAUCUGGGACAGAGUCACACUCACACAGUGACACAGCUAACAUCACCCAAAAGAGUCGAGUUGUUUUGGUGUUGGUGUGAGUUUGUUUGGACCGUUUAAUGGCUCGGUGUUGGACGUUAGCUGCUGCUGAUGUGUUAGCUUGUGCUAACCAGUCAGAGAGAUCAGGAGGAGAGAGGUUCAAGGAGACGGGCCUUCAGUAACAGCUGAUAGACAGCAGUUGGCUGUCAGUAUCACAACUACUUAUGCAAUUUUAACUUGUCCCUGUGAUUUCAGAAUUUUUUUUCUUAUAAAACCACAUAAAAACAUCACAGUUUAAUAGAAAAGCUGCUGUGAUCCCCGAAAUAGCCUGCGAAAUUUUAGAGGGAGUAAAUUACAUAGUAGGGUCUGUUUUGUCUGAUACGCACCAUGCUGUUAACUCUGAUUGGUCAGAAUCUGCACGCAUGCAAGAGAAGUUUAUAAGACCAGUGCUGCCGUACUGCUAUGCAUGAUUGAAAGAGGAAAGUGAAUUUUUGAGAGAAACUGGUGCCUAAAAACAAUAGCACGUCAGCCAUCUGGCAAUAAUUUUGAUACAAGAGAGAUGAUGUGGCACAAGCACGGCAACUGUGCAAGUCUGAGUCAAGGACUGAGUCCACUUAAAUAUCUGUCCAUUCACUGCAAGUGAUAUUACAAUAUUCAACAGUGUUGACAGACAUUUUCCUCAGAUUGUACAGCCCUACAGGAUACAGUUAUAUUUAAGACAACAGUAUAUUUUAGACAUUUGGGAUUAUAGGUUUUAAAAAUCUGGUGGGAAGCCGCCUUAGAGGAAUAGAAGCUUAUCAUAGCAGCAGAUUAAUGCUCAAGAUUUUGGAAUAACAUGUUCAAUAAUCACAUAUAGGUGUAAUGUUGUGUCCACAUACCUUUGGCCAUAUAAUGUAGUUAAAACUUUGAUUCUUAUCUGCCCCACAAGGGCAACAGUAGUAAUUAUUUUAGCGUUUUUUUUUUUUGUUUGUUUUUUCCUGUUAAAAUUUAGAUCCACAGAUUCUACUACAAUUCAGCACUAUUAUCUACACAUCAAGUACAAAGAUGAAGUGUUUUUCUAAGCAACUAAAUAGACAUAAAUGGCAUCCUGAUUAAACAGACAACCCCAAUUCCCAAAAAGUAGGGACUCUGUGUACAACGGAAAUAAAAACAGGAUGUAAUGACCUGCAAAUCCUUUUCGACCUUUAUUCAAUUAAAUACAGUACAAAGACAAGUUCUUUAGUGUUCAAACUGAUUCAAACUUUACUGAUUUUUGUAAAUAUACACUUGUUCUGAAUUUGAUGCCUGCAACAUGUGUCAAAAAAAGUUGGGACAGGAGCAUGUUUAGCACUGUAUUACAUCUCCUUUUCUUUUGACAGCACUCAUUAAGUGUUUGGGGACUGAGGACACUGAUUGUUGAGGUUUUGACAGUGAAAUUUUUUCCUCAAGAUUCACCACCACAAUCUUGAAGAUUUAAAAACUGUCUGUUGAAAGAAUGGGUCAAGAUCCCAUCUGAACACUGAGAGAAAAGUGUUUUUAUACAGGAAGCAUCUUGAAGCUGGCAUUGCAAACAAAAGCUCCUUUUGCACUGCCUGUUCAAGGCAGGAAAUAUACGCUGUUACGCCACCUUACCAGUCAUUUUUAAAGGGAUGACUGCAGAAUGGGGGACAGAUUUGUCUCACCUUUAAGCCAGGAGUGAAGUAGUAACAGCACUAAAAUAGGGUCUGUGUAAAAGAGAGAGCUGGCAGGACGGGAUCAUUGACGUGACAGGCGUGAUGUUUUGACGACCUGUUAUGUGUGAGACCCAUCGCCAGGAGAUUUAAAAAGCAGCUGAUAGUAGUUAGCAACUAACUCGAAGUCUAACAUUGGCUGAAAAUCUCUGCAAAUUGGGAAAACAAUGAGGUCCAGGAGCUCCUUACCCUCCGUGCAGAGAUAGUAAAUGAUUGUUAUUGCCAUAUAUUAUGUGUCAAACAAGAUGCCGACGCUGUGGUGUUUCUCGUCACACUCGUCACGGCUCUUUUGUGUUUGCAAUGCAGGUUUUGCACUGAGUUAAUACUAAUGUCUGCUCUAAAUUUCAUGUGAAUAGAUGCAUUUAGAAUAUGUCAAAUGAAAAAAAAAUUACGUGUUGAAUACUUCCCCUGACUGUAUGCCGAAAAGGAUUUGCAGAUAAUUGCCUUCUGUUUUUAUUUACACAGUUUCCAAUCUUUUUUGGAACUGGAGUUCUAAAACUCAGAGGGAAAUGUAGGUUGUUGUUAGCAGUCAGCCACUUCAACCAAGUCAGUUUAACUCACACUAUGGUUAGUUUCACCUGUCAGUAUUUUGAAACAUGAAGUAACUUUAGAUUCACAUGGCAGCACUUAAUCCUUCACAUUUGAAAUGUCUGAUUUCCUGAUGUUAUUAUGGUGGUCUGUAGUAGGACAGAGCUACAACAUACUUCAGGAAGAGUUUCCCAUCUCGUGCCACUGUGGAAGUUUAUUCCCAGUGCUCCGGCCCUCUUCCAUCACCUCGCCCUUCCGUGAUUCUCUGCAGAAAGACUGCAUCAAACAAACAGAGAACGUUUAUCCUUCCCAUCUGCAGCCCCGAAGCAACAAGGAGCGAGCAGCAGGCUUCAUUUGUCCUCCACACAAUCCCUCCAGUUUCCCCUUCAUGCAAAAGACACUGCAAAUGCCACGGCCAUUGUAUUUAAGUUAUUUAUUUUAUCACAAGACUGUGUAGUAAUUUAUAAUGUAAAUAUUGAAAAUACUCUAUAAAUACAAAAAGGACAAACAUGUAUGGAAAUAAUGACUUGACAGCAAGGAAGAAAAAAAAGAGGAAAGAUGAAGAAUAUUAAUAUAUGAAGAUCCUUCUAUUGUACAUAGCAACCACAGUUAAAAAAUGAAUGUCUGCUGUUUUAGGGAACUUGAAGAUGUCAAUGUGUUUUUAUUUCGUGUGAUAGAGUUUCUCCAGUUUGUCUCUGAAAGCGAGCUGGCGGAAGCAUUUUGGGUCCAGUGUGGCAAUUUAGAGAGAGAGAGACUGACCCGAGUCGAGCACAGAGAGGCUGCUAGCUGUACAUGUCAGCUGACUGUCCCACUUCAUAGCUCUGAACAGUACUAAUGCUCCUGAACAUCAUGUGCGGACAAACCGCAUCUUAACGAACAAACAUACACUCUUGCACAUUCCGAACGAUGACACACACACACACACACACACACACGCAAUCCCCUUAUGGUGUAGCAUCAUAUUUACUGUAUCUUCAUUCCUGUUGCACCUGAAUUGCCUCUUGCAAGAAUUUGCACAUACAAUAAAUCCACAGUCCAUCCUGAGCUGCCACAAGUGACACAGUGGGUGUUGUUGUCUUGUCUGAUCUGUGCAGAAACAUAACCCACAGCGAUUCACUGGAUAGUUUUGGUACAGGGGAUUUAAAAGAUGUACAUCUUCUGUGUCAAGUUUGGAUUUUUCUUCUUUGCAGUUUUGAUUCCAGUGCUUAUUGAAUCUUUGUUCAGAUUCUUGACAUAAUUUUUAGUGUAAGAAAAGAAAUCAAAAUAUGUCAGAAGCAAAAGCACCUGUCUUCUUUGGCAAUUUUUUUUGGGCUGCCUGCCAUAAACCUGCUGCAAGGUAUUUUGUGAUAGAAGGUAAAAUAAAGAACGCAAAAUAUUUUCCCUCUGGCCAUGCAGAAGUUGAAGGUCCAGUGUGUGGGAUUUAGGGGGAUAUAUUGACAGAAAUGGAAUAUAAUAUAAUCAGUAUACUUUCUUUAGUGUAUGAUCACCUGAAAAUAAGAAUCAUCAUGUUUUCGUUACCUUAAGAUGAGACAUUUAUAUUACAUAUGUACGGAUAUGGCCACUGCCAUCUUGCACUGAUUACAUCAUUUGGAGCCAGAGUCUGCGCAGUAGGUAUCUCUGUGGCACUGUGUUCCCACCCAUGCACUCAUCCAAUCAAUUGCAAGCAGUGCCAUUAAACGCAAGCGCACCAGCUGGCACACAUGGGUGUCAGCGAUGACAUCACACCCCCUUUUUAUUGCAUCAAAAUCUAAUUGAAACCAAACCAAAAGAAAAACAAACACCAAUGUGAUAAGAACUACCUAAAAUGACAAAAACAAUUUAUUUUACAUGUACUUUGAUCUUUUAGUUUGGCCCAUGUUCCAUCAGCCAACAUGGAGGGGGCGGGGUUUAUAACCUGUACUGCAGCCUGUCACCAGAGGGCGAUUGGAAUGUUUUGACGUGGAUGUAUAGAGAGAGCCUGAAACAAAAAUGGUUCAACUGCCACAUAUAAUAUUACAUAGAUGAUUGGCACUGCCUCUGCACUGUGUGGCUCAUAGAACAGGCGCACCAGAGACUUCCACUGGCCAAGCAGGCUACUUCAGGUUAGGCAAUCCACCAACUUGAAUUGGGAUAGAAUGAUUUAAUCUUUUGGCUCUUCAAGGCUUUCCAAAUGUUAUCAGACCUAAUGGAUUAAAUCCUGAUAGUGAAACAAGUCACUCUUUUGGGCCCACUGACAUCACGUGACAGAUGUAAUUCCAGUGUUAGAACACUAUGAAAAAUGUCUUCAAAGCCUGGCACAUUUCCUGGGGGCGUUGUUUUGGCUUCACUUUUGGGGAGCUGUCAUAUCGUCUAUCACUGUAUAUCGUCUCAGCUUUACUUAGCAAAUGUUUACAUGCUAACAUGCUAAACUAGGAUAAUGUAAACAUUAAACAUCAGCAUGUUAGAAUCGUCAUGACGAGCAUGUUAGCAUGCUGAUAUUAGCAUUUAUCUAAUUAUUUAGCUUAUUUUUUGGAUUAAUCUCCAAACGGCAAUAGAGAAAUCCCUUUGGCUUUUUGAUGAGGAAACCACAGCAACACUAACUUCUGCAUUGGCUUACAGAAAAACAUCAUCUCUGUGGCACUUUAUAUUGUGGAACCAGGCUACAGACUUCCUCCUGUAGGAAUGAUUUUAAAUUAACUCAACCUAUUCUAACUUUUGUCACGCUCAUAUUGUAAACAUGGUACAUAUGUGAUAGUGUUGUAUGUUUCCACAAAGCACUUUAAAUGAGAAGUAAUUGGUCGUUGUAAAUUUGGAACUGGUAUGAAGUUAGAUAUAGUUCUUGACACCUAACUGUAUGUCUUGCUAAUCAACACACCUGCACCCCAAACCAUUUCUGUCCAUCUCUAAACCAUCAGCCAGAGGGAAAGGUCUACAGAUGUGUUCCCCAGGAUCUGCCUGUUUUGUAUCUUGGACCAUAAAAAACUUCUGACUCCUGUCUUACAUGUACGAUCGUCCAGUGCCAAUUUGAAGCUCACAAUGCAGCAGGCCGGCAGUAUUUUUAUCAGUUAUAGAGUUUCCUGUCUGAAGAUACAUCCUAUUAAUAGCAGAGCAACUUCCAGCACUGCAGAAGCACAAGGUUAUGCCCUUGUAGCAGCAGACAAACCACCUUCGCACUGUGUUGGUCGUCUUUGUUGUCAUAGCAACAGCAUGUCUGCUGCUGAGUGUGUCUUGAAUGAGCUUAUGGGCUCUGAGGUCAAUCUUGGCUUUAAGGCCAAAUUAAUGCUUCAUCACGAUGGAGACACUGGAUCUGCUCACCCCUAAAAUAUCACACUUCCCAUGAAAUAUUGAAGUUAAUAUGCAGCUUAAUUCAGGUAUUUUAUAGCCAAAUGUUUGAGUACAGCUGUCUGAUGUUUAUGCCCUUUUGACAGAGCAGUGUGUAGGAUUUAGUGCCAUCUAGCAGUGAGGAUUGCAGAUUGCAACCCGCUGAAACUUCUUCCAUCUGCCAAGCAUGAACUCCAGGUUGGGAUUUCUUUGUUCAGGAAGUUUUUACCGGAAGCUGAAUUAUCCACAGGUGAAAACUGUUAUAGAAACUGAAUAAAGCAGUUUCAUGUUACAAAUUAGUGUGUCUCUAAAUGGGCUGCUAGUCCAGCACCUGCUAAUGUGUGCUCACAUUAUUUCUCUGAAAACUUUAAGAUCCCAAUGUUCAGGAGGUUUUUAUCAGGAGUCAAAUUAUCUGCAAAGGUCUCCUUCUCUCUAGAACAAAUCGACCUGAUGAUUUAAACCAGUAAAAACACUGAAUAAAGCAGUUUCGUGUUAAAAAUCAGUUUUCCCAAUACUGUUCAGCUCACAGCAGAGGAGCUGCGAACUAUGGUGACCAACGCAAAAAUGCAAAUGGCCCUAUUUAGAGCCAGUGCUUGGUUUGUCCAUUUUGGGCUACUGUAGAAACAUGGAGGUGCAACAUGGUGGACUCCAUAGAUAAGGACCUGCUCCCUGUGUAGAUAUAAACGGCUCAUUCUAAGGAAACAAAAACAUAGCCAUUCUUAUUUUCAAGUGAUUAUACACUAAAGAAAACAUACUUAUAUUAUAUUCCAUGUCAAUAUAUCGCCCUAACAAACUGUUACAAACUGGACCUGUAAGACACAUUCUGAUCACAAGUUGAUGGAAUACAGGUGUAAAAAUGCAUCUUGAAUUAAUGUCUCAGGCCACACCCGCAGGCCGUCAGGCAUGUAUUUGCCCACAUUUGUUGUUUGUGAAUGCAAAUGUGUGUCUGACUGCAUUAAAGUCAGUAUAUUAUUAUUCACACCACAUGCAAAACCUUCCAAACUCUAAGUGAGUUAUCAUCUCUCUGUACCUCUUUACCUCUCUCUCUCUCACAUAUUUACCUCCUCUAUUUUUUUGUUUUUCCCUUCAUAACAUCACAGUCCUCUUCUUUAGCUCUAUAAUACAUCUAAAUGCAUAUAUGUGUAUUUUCACAUUUUUAAUGCAGAUGAACAUGUUACAUGAGCAUGGGCCUGGAUUUUCCUCAAAAUAUACUCAAUGUAAAGUCUUAUAUAAGGUGAAAAUGUGAAACACUUGAAUUAUGUUGCACAAGCUGUUUGAAGGGAUCUGAUAGGCUUAGAUGUGGGAACUUCCAUAGUUUAAGAGAAGACUGAUAUGAAAUACAGGAUCCAACUAAUUGAGAAUACUUUACCAACAUUUUUACAAUCAUUUCUUUUACCAGCUGAAUAUGCAAGUACACAUUCUCUCAGGCACCAGAAACAGAAAAAUGAUGGUUGUGCUGCUGAACUAAAAGGCUAGAAUAAAAGCGGAUGGGCAGAUAUCAGUCCAUAUAAACCACUUCUAUGCUUGUAUCUCACAUUUAAAACUGAUUAUUUCAGAUAUAGAAAGAAAUCUACAUUUUCCCACAUACUGUAAUUUGUUUUGUGUUAUUGGAGUCACCACAAACCUCCAAUCACUAUUUGACAUUUUUAAGCCGCUCAAUCAAAUGUCACUGUGGGUUAAUCAUGUAGGGAAGGGACCUGGUGUACAGCUCUGCUUAGCUUCAAGUGAAAUCACUUUAUAAGUCUGGAUGUAGUCGGACAACAAUGACAUCAUAAGUGGCUGUAGUUUGAUGAGCAAGUUGGUUUAAAAUGAAGCAGAGAUGAUUAUCAGAAAAUAUCAGAAGUUAAUAUGAAGGUGGUCAGAGGCAGGAUCGCUCACUGGGCUCAAAACAAUGUUUAACUCGACAAAUAAUGUUACGUGAUUCUUGCUCUUUUGGAAAAUCCUGCAUUAUAGGAAUACUCCUCCUCAACAAAGUGAGCAUCUGUUAAUCAGUUGGUUAUGCUGUGUAACAUCGAAUUUGGAGGCCUCCACAGAAAAAGGCGAACAUAUUGAUUUAUUGAUUGAUUGGGGACCAACUUUAACAACUUUAAAACCAUGUCAAAACAUCUGUUUACAAGCUCUCACACAACUCAUGCAGUAUAAUCCAAGUCUCAUUCAUCCAGUCAUAUGCUCAGUACUUCCUAAAGACAUGCAUUUUUAGCCCGUUUUCAUUCCCAACCUAUCAAAUACCCCCACUUUUUGAGUGAUCUUGGCGUCAGAUACCAAUGCACUGAAGCAGCAUUUGCAGCAGUAUGAUACACACCGGGCAGCAGCAGUUGUUGAUGCAGCAAACAAAAACCAAAGCAGUGAAAUACCACCACUUUGUCAGUGGAUGUCCAUGUCAGACAAUGACGCACAAGGGCACCUUUUGCGGCGCUGGACAUGCAAUGACCAUUGGUAGUUUGUAACGCUGCCGGCAACCACCAUAGCAUAAAGAGUAAGAAACUCUGUAUUGGAUAGGCAGGUCAAAGAAACUCCGGACUUUCACCCUGGAGCCUGCUGUUUUUUUCUCCUGUGAAACCAAAAGUUGGUGAAGUUAUUUUAAUAACAAUGUAGUGUGCUAAUAUGUGUAGCAUUCUAAAGUAGUGAUGUAUGUCACAUGAUGUUCUAACAACAUGAUGUAAAAACUUUUCUUAUUUAACGCCACACCAUGAUGUUUUUUUCAAAACCUAACCACAGACUUUGUUGCCUAGACUUAACCACAGAUUUUUGUUAAACGUAAAAAAUUAAGUGUUUUACCUACAUUGUAGGUUUAUUUUGAAAAAAAGACUGUAUGAGCAGAAACUGUACAUUUCCUGUGAAAACAGAAGUGUGUUUUGAAAAAUUACAACGCAGGUGUAAAUUGUAAACAUGCAUGUCAUGGUUUGACGUUUAGGUUCACUGACAAAGUGGCGGUAUUAUAUGAGAUGGAAUAAGACUGUGUUGGCAUUUUCUGAGCAAAAUGUAUGCUCUCCUUAAAGCCAGACUCCACUAAGGUUUACUAAUGAAAAUGCAUGUAUUUGGGAAGUACUGAGCAUACAACUGGAUAAAUGAGGCUUGGUGUGUGUGUGUGUUUGUAAAAGGAUGUUUUGAAUGCCAUCAUACAAUACGAGACUUCAUUCCCAACGCACGAAAUUCUUACUUGAACACAACAAAGAGAAGAUUCAGAUAGAGCAGAGGUGAACCACUGUGUUAUUGUUUCAUCAUCAAGCUAAAGCUAACAGAAGAAAUGAUAGACAAAUGGCAGGUGAUAGCAGUAAUUUGACUGUAGAAGCACUAAACUUAACAAAAGCACUGAUCACAGGAGCAGCUGUAGUUCCACACAGCCGACCACACCCAAUAAUUCACCUCUCACGUAUACAAAUGUCUGGGCCCAGGCUGUCUAUGAGCAGAAAGUACAAAACUAACAAGGGAACAAAUAUUCCAUGUAUGUUGUGAUCAUUUUAUGUGACCUGUCAGGCUGAAACAAAACAUUUUAUUUAAGCUUUUUCCUUAUUUCUUUCUGUGUAUUUGUGUGUGUGUGUGUGUGUGUGUGUGUGUGUGUGUGUGUGUGUGUGUGUGUGUGUGUGUAUAAAAUGCAUUCACUAUGAUCACCAUACAGUUACCACAAGCACGAACC